AUGAACAGACAAGUCUCCAAGAAGUCCUUCAGUGGAGGGAGCCACGGCUUCUCUGGCCGCUCUGCCGUGGUCUCUGGCAGCAGCAGGAUGAGCUGUGUGGCCCGCUCUCGGGGAGCCAGCGGAGGGGCCUGUGGGUUCCGGAGCGGAGGUGGUGGCUUUGGCAGCCAGAGCCUCUACAACCUGGGAGGCUACAAGAGCAUCUCCAUGGGCGUGGCGGCCGGUGGCUCCAGGGCUGGUGGCUUUGGUGGAAGACGUAGCAUCUGUGGCAGUGGCUUUGGAGGUGGCUAUGGAGGUGGCUUUGGUGGUGGUUUUGGUGGUGGCUUUGGGGGUGGCAGAGGAGUAGGAGGUGGCUUCGGAGGAGCUGGUGGUUUUGGUGGUAUUGGUGGCUUCGGUGGGCCUGGUGGUUUUGGUGGCCCUGGUGGCUUCAGUGUUCCUGGUGGCUUCGGUGGUCCUGGUGGCUUUGGCCCAGGUGGCUUCCCAGGUGGAAUCCAGGAAGUGACUAUCAACCAGAGCCUCCUACAGCCCCUCAAUGUGGAGAUUGACCCCCAGAUUGGGCAAGUAAAGGCUCAAGAGCGGGAGCAGAUCAAGGCCCUUAACAACAAGUUUGCUUCCUUCAUUGACAAGGUGCGGUUUUUGGAGCAGCAGAACAAGGUCUUGGAAACCAAGUGGGAACUGCUCCAGCAGCAGCCCACGGGCUCCGGCUCCAACAACCUGGAGCCCUUGUUUGAAUCCUACAUCAGUGUCCUACGCAGGCAGUUGGAUUCCCUUCUGGCGGAAAGGGGAAACCUGAAUAAUGAGCUGAAGAUCGUGGGAGACCUGGUAGAAGACUUCAAAAAGAAGUAUGAAGAUGAGAUCAACAAACGCACUGCAGCAGAGAACGAGUUUGUGGGGCUCAAGAAGGAUGUGGAUGCCGCUUACAUGAACAAAGUGGAACUGCAGGCCCGUGUGGACAGCCUGGCAGAUGAAAUAAACUUCCUGAGGAACUUCUAUGAUAUGGAGCUGUCCCAGAUGCAGACUCAGGUGUCUGACACCAACGUGGUCCUCUCCAUGGACAACAACCGCUGCCUGGACCUGGACAGCAUCAUUGCCGAGGUCAAAGCCCAGUACGAGGAGAUCGCCCAGAGGAGCAAGGCCGAGGCCGAGGCCCUGUACCAGACCAAGUUGGGAGAGCUGCAGACCACGGCCGGCAGGCACGGUGAUGACCUGAGGAGCACCAAGAGCGAGAUAAUGGAGCUCAAUAGGAUGAUCCAGAGGCUGCGGGCAGAGAUCGAGAACCUCAAGAAGCAGAAUGCCAACCUGCAGACAGCCAUCGCGGAAGCCGAGCAGCGUGGGGAGAUGGCCCUUAAGGACGCCCGGGACAAGCUGAAUGAGCUGGAGGCCGCUCUGCAGAAGGCCAAGGACGACCUGGCCCGGAUGCUGCGUGACUACCAGGACCUGAUGAACACCAAGCUGGCCCUGGACGUGGAGAUCGCCACCUACCGCAAGCUGCUGGAGGGCGAGGAGUGCAGGAUGUCUGGGGAGUGUCAGAGUGCUGUGAGCAUUUCGGUGUUCAGCAACAUCACCAGCACAAGCAGCAGCUCUGGUGGCAGCCGUGGAGGCUUUGGAGUGGUUGGUGGCAGCAGCAUUGGCUACAGAGGCAGCAGCAGCAGAGGCGGCAGCAGUGGCUAUGGGGGAGUCAGUGGCACUAGCAGCAGUGGCUAUGGAGGGGUCAGCGGCAGUAGCAGCAGAGGCUAUGGAGGAGUCAGUGGCAGUAGCAGCAGUGGCUAUGGAGGCAUCAGCGGCAGCAGCAGUGGGGGCCGGGUCAGCAGCGGGGGCUACCAGAGUGGCAUCAGCGGGAGCAGGCUUGGCAGUGGAGGCAGCAGCUCCGUGAGCCAAAGUGGAUUCAGCUCCAGCUCUGGUGGCAUCCAGACCUCUGGAGGAGGUGGCUACAAGUCUGGAAGUGGAGGCAGCACCAGCAUCCGCUUCUCCCAGACCACCAGCUCCAGCCAGCAAAGCUCCAAGUGAUCCUCCAGGCAAAAUCUACAGCCCACUUUUUCCCCGCUCAGUACCUCUCACUCUCUGCCUGGCAUCUACAAACCCACAGCUCAACCUCUCUUUUCCUCAAUUUCUCUGGAGAAGGGGCUGAGCUCCUGGCUCCUCUGUCCCAAAGACCUUCCUGGGCGAGGGAGAUCCAGCUGCUAGUCUGGGAUGACGAUGACCUUGAUGAGCCCCUGUGAUGACCCCUGACUUUGGACGGUAUCACCAGAGCCCAAACAAGUCUUGGUCUUUCCAGUCUGGCUUGUCUUCGUUCUAUACCAUCUUCCUCUCCCACUGGAAGGUGAUGGUCUGAAGCCAGCAUGUCCCAGCUCUGCCAGAGGAGUGCAGUGCUGUGGGGGUCAGUGCUGGAAGGUGGGAUGGCCAAAAUCUCAGACUGGUGGUUUCCAGGGCUCCCAAUCCACAUCUUAUCCUGACUCACCUCUGUCCCCUGAAUUCACUGAGCUGUGGGUCCUCUUUGGUGAAGAGCAUGUUGCACUUUCUUUUCUCAAU